ACUUCCAUUCCACCUCGCUCUCCGCUCCCACCCGCUCCACUCCACUCCAACGGUUGCCACUCGCACAGCACCACCUGACCAGAGAGCAUCAGCAGCGCGCACGCAACAAACGUUUGGCAAUGGCGGCGCGGGGCACCGUAAUCCUCCUCUGCCUGCUGCUCUGCGCCACUACCUCCUCCCUCGCGCAGUCCCCCGCGUCCGCGCCGGCCGCCACGCCGCCCUCCUCACCUUCCGACGCGUCCGCAUCCACGCCGUCCGCCGCCCCGGCCGCGCCCGCGCCCAAGUCCUCCUCCAAGGCCAGCCCAGCAGCGCCGGCCGCCGCCCCAACCACCUCCCCGGCUCCCGCAGCGGCACCACCCACGAAGACCAAAGCCAAGGCCCCCGCGCCCGCGCCCCCGACCAAGGCCGCCGCUCCUGCCCCGGCCACGCCUGCUCCCGUCGCGACUCCCCCCGUGGCGGCGACGCCUCCCGUCGCCACUCCCACCGCCUCGCCGCCAGCGCCCGUACCCGAGGUGCCCGCCGCGGCGCCGGCGCCCGAGACCAAGCCAGUGGAGGCCCCCGCCCCGGCGCCCGCCAAGAAGAAGAAGCCGUCGUCGUCGUCCAAGGACAAGAAGAAGAAGAAGGCAGCGUCCGCGCCUGCUCCAGCCCCCGUCGCCAAGAAGCAUCCCAAGACCGCCGCCGACGCGCCCACGUCCGCGGCCGAGGCACCCGGACCCAGUGGCGACGCCGCCGCUGCCGACACCGCGAGCGCUGCGGGGAGGACAGUGGCGGGCGUGAUGGCGUCGGCCGUCGCGGUGGCGCUGGGCGCGGCGGCUCUGCUGGCCUAGAUCCCGGAUGCUUUGCGACUUUUUUACCACAAGAAUGGAUGCUGCUGCUGCUCCUCCUCCUCCUCCUCCUCCUUUUCCUGCUUUCACUUUUUCUUUUUUACCACAGAAUGGCUCUGUAUUUCUUCUGUGUAGUAGUAGUAGUAGUCAGUAGUAGUAGGGCCCACAUCACAUCGAUUGAUAAUGACUCACUUGUGCGCGGAUGAAUUCUUUUGUUGCUUUAGUAGUCCAGAGAUGAUAUGAUAUGAUAUGAGAGUGUGGUUUAGAGACGAGAGAGGGGACACUGCCCGUGUAAUGUUCAUAUUUAUUUAUGUAUUAUUUAUAUAUUGGUAUUUCCUCCA